AAAAGUGGAAAUAUGAUGCCUUUUUGAGUUUCAGAGGAGAAGACACCCGCAAUAACUUUGUUGCCCAUCUUUUUAAACGUCUCCAAGACAUAGGAAUCAAUGUAUUCAAAGAUGAUGUAAAACUUGAAAGAGGAAAGAUCAUUUCAACAGAACUCUCGAAAGCCAUUGAGGAAUCAAGAACUGCCAUUAUUAUCUUCUCCAAGGACUAUGCUUCAUCCACCUGGUGCUUGGAGGAACUCAAAAUGAUCAUGGAGUGUGUUGACAAGAAGGAACAGAAAGCAUAUCCUGUCUUCUAUAACGUCGAACCAUCAGAUAUACGCAUGAAAACUGAGAGCAGCAGCUUUGCUAAAGCGUUGGAAAAACACAGGGAAGAUUUCAAGGCUAAUUUUGAGAAGUUGGCAAGUAAACACGAGGCCGAUAUUGCUCUCCGGAAAAAAGAUGAGACAAAUCACAAGGAUAAUUUGGAGAAGGUGCAGAGGUGGAAGGACGCUCUACAUAGAGCUGCUGGAAUAGCAGGACUGGAUGUUCGUAAAACUGCUAAUGGGAAUGAAGCAGAAUCUAUUGAGAAGAUUAUAAAUGAUAACUUCCAAAAUAUGCACCACACCGUUUCAGCAACUGAAAAAUAUCUAGUGGGAAUGGAAUCUCGUAUGGGUGAAGUAGAAUCAUUAUUGAAGUUUCCAUCAGGUGAUGUUUUCUUUAUUGGAAUAUGGGGGAUCGGAGGCGUUGGGAAGACAACUGUUGCAAGAAAAUAUUUUGACAAGGUUUCUCAUCAAUUCCAAGGGUCUUGUUUUCUUGCAAAUGUUAGAGAAGAAUCAAAGAAGCAUGGGCUGAUGUACUUGCAAAAGACGCUUCUUUCAAGACUCUUAAAAGAAAAAUCAAUGAAUAUGGCAAGUUUUUAUGAAGGAGCCGACAUGAUAAAAAGAAGGCUUUGCCACUGGAAAGUUUUGAUUGUUUUUGAUGAUGUCGAUGAUGAAGACCAAUUGGAAUAUUUAGUUGGAAAUCAAGACUGGUUGGGUGGUGGCAGUAUAGUCAUUACAACAACUAGAAACCAAGAUUUGCUACGUAGACAUGACCAGUUAUAUUCUGUUCCUGAAUUGGCUAAACAUGAGGCUAUUGAAGUUUUUAGUUGGCACUCUUUUCAGAAACCGACUCCUGAUAAAGAGUUUUUGAAACUCUCCAAAUCUGUAGUAGAUUAUGCUAAAGGCUUACCUUUAGCUCUUAAGGUCUUGGGUUCUUUUCUCUACAAACGAGGUGUAACUGAGUGGAGAAGUGCAAUAGAUAGACUAAGAGAUACUGGAUAUGAAAAAAUUGUUAAGCAGCUCAGUUUAAGUCUAGACGGAUUGAACCAUGAGGAGAAGAAUGUAUUUCUUGAUAUUGCAUGCUUCUUUAGAGGAAGAAAGAAAGAUGAUGUGAUAACAAUACUGAACAGUUUUGGCUUCCGAUCAGAGAUUGGAAUUGAUGUCCUCAUCCAAAAAUCACUUUUAUAUAUUUCAGAAGGAAAUGUUGAGAUGCAUGAUUUGAUAGAACAAAUGGGUCAGCAAGUGGCACGUAAUGUGGACCAUGACAAGCCAUGGAAGCACAGUAGACUGUGGCAUGAACAAGAUAUAAAAACUGUUUUUUCUGCAGAUCAGAGGACAGAAUCUAUUAAAGGCAUAAUGGUACCAAUUGGCUCAGACCAACAUAUAUGCAAGUGGAGCAAAGCUUUCAGAAACAUGCCUUGUCUUAGGUUACUCAUUGUCAAAGGGGAGGAGGUCUGGCAUCAUGACCUUAUUUGUGACCCUAUUGAGUGUCUCCCCAGUAACUUGAAAUGGCUUGAUUGGUCAUACUACAGUUUUGAAUCUUUACCAGCAUAUUAUGAACCAGGAAACCUUGUUGGGCUCCACAUGACUUUUAGUUCUCUUGUUGAAGUUGUCAAGGAGCCGAAGGCAUUUGAUAAGUUGACAGUCCUCAAUUUUAAGUUUUUCUAGAAAUUUAAUCCGAACGCCCAAUUUUUCCGAGAUUCCAAACCUGCAGAGGAUUAUACUGAAAAGUUGUGUAAGUUUGGUAGAAAUUCAUCCAUCCAUUGGCCAGCUCAGAAAGGUUAUCUUUUUGAAUAUGGAAAACUGCAAAAAUCUCAAAUCUUUACCAAGCAGUAUUCAAAUGGAAUCUCUUGAAAUCUUCAAUCUCUCAGGUUGUGAGAAGUUAGAAAAUUUUCCAGAAAUUCAG